UUCGUACUUCAUUUAAAUAAUACGCCAAAUAACAACACCGAAAACUCUCUUUUUACCCCCCCCGAGAUAUAUAAUUAGUUCGCCCAAAGAAUGGCUAUCGAACCAAAACAAGUUUUGUGUCAACAACCAUCUGUAACUGAGUGCACGAAGGUGAACAAUAUGCCACAGAACAGCAACUCGAUACCAGCCAGUGGUACAGACUCAUCACAUUAUUCUGACUCGAAAGUGGGCGCAAACAAUGAAAACAGGGCCAAUAAUAAGGGAUUGGAUACGUUGAAUGCAAAUGAAAGAUCUAUACUGGAUAUUGAACUGAUGAAGCUGGCUGGAGAUGAUUACUCGGGUGACUCUGAAGCCGACGAGGAGUCGAUUGAAGAGCUCGCGCCCGAGGUUCGAGCCUAUAUAGAUCAGGCGCCAGAUGCUAGGAACAAAUUCGCUCAUGCGGUCGGGGGAAAGGUGCGAACUGUGGACUUUCCCAUGUGUGUGGAGGAGAUAUACGAACAAGCAGCCAAGCGAAUAGGUGGGCUCCUCGAGCUAACGCAAAAGGGUAUGCUUAUGCAGAUACCUCAUGGCUUGCCAGCAACCUCAACAAGGGGUGUACAGUUCACACACAGAGAGACGGGCGCACAUGUAAUGAUCAUGCACACAGUACUAUAUGCGAGGAAUGGCCGAGGCGACAAGUGUGGGUAUGCGAGUGAAGGCAUAUGGGUGGUGAGUAAGUUUACAGCCACCAAGCAGCCUAUUUGGAGGUGUGUGGUGGAACCAAAGGAAUUGGAAACAGCUAGUAUGAAUAGCUUUGAUAAGUUUGUGUUACACUUGCAGAAUGCACAAAAUCAGGCAAAAGUUGCGAGCGCCAGUCCAUUUAGCCCACAAUAACGGUAUUUACAGCAUCAUAGUCUAUUCAUGGCAUCCGGGUAUUACCGAAGGAUUUGCUAUUGCACACAACCGGACCGAACAAGGUAGAGGACUUGUGGGACUUGGAAAGAAAUUAAGUUUGAUACCGGAUAUCAACAAAAAAAAUUCUAUCGUAUUGAAUGUCUCAGUGUUAUUUCUACUACUAUAUAAAGUCAAUAGGUGAUCAAUAUCAAUCUGGCUAACUUGAAGACGCAGAUAUCAAGCACCAAAUUAAAACUAUGACUAUUAAAUAGGUCUAAUUGUAGC